AUGGAGUGGAAUUCACUGUACGAAUCGCUUGGUUUUGGUAAUCUACCGGUUUGUGUGGCCAAAACACACCUGUCCUUCAGCCACGACCCAAAUCUAAAAGGAGUUCCAAAGGAUUUCACGUUUCCUAUCACUGAUAUCAGAGCGUCAAUCGGCGCCGGAUUUCUCUACCCAUUAGCCGCUGAGAUCACAACAAUGCCGGGACUUCCGACUAGACCUGCAUUUUAUGACAUCGAUAUCGAUCCCGAAACAGAGGUUAUCGACGGACUCUUCUAAUUGUUCACUCAAUUCAAUUGAUCUUAACGUUGCAAUCAAUUCCCU